CGACGCGACGAUGAUAGGGACAGGGAGAGAGAUUCGGGGAGGUCCAGAGGUUUAGAGCGUGGAUAUCGCGGUGGUGAUAGGCGAAGGUCUCCAUUUAGAGACCGUGAUAGAGAAAGGGACAGAGACUUGGACCGUGGCCGUGACCGCGAACGCAGGGCAGCAAGGGACGACCCAAGCGACCAGAAGCCUGUCGAGAAAGAGAAGGAUAAGAAGAAAAAGAAGCCAUCUGCUGCCCCGUCUAACGAGCCUAUGAUCAUUGUCAAUGUCAACGAUAGACUAGGCACCAAAGCUGCCAUUCCAUGCCUUGCUUCAGAUCCUAUUCGUAAGCCUUCCUGGCUCGCCUUAUACCCUGCCCUGACCUAG